UGCUUUCACGGGCGGAAAUAGGGUUGUCGCCCUUGCUCUACAGAAGUAGUCGAUUCUCAGUUUCCUCGUAUAGGGAGGGAGGGAGAAAAUACCCGUAAUUCGGAAAGAGAGAAAAUUCGAUUUCUUGUGAAACAAUUUACCAGCUCUGUGAUCUCCAAAGGAGGAGGAGCUUCGAUGCCUUGUCGCUCUCCAGUUUAGUCUCCGCGAGACGAUACCUAAAUAUAAUCAGAGUCGAUGGCUGCUCUCCCUCUAGGCAAGCUUACCAUUCUCGUCGGCGCAGGCAUUCUCGGUUCAGUUCUUGCAAAAGAAGGACGUGUAUCUGAUGUUGUCUCUGGUGCUUUCAAGAUUGCUUGGAAACAAAUUAGACGAAGUGAUAAUACUCCGGCGGUUAAUAAACCACACAAUGACUCUCUGAUGGCUCAGAUGAACAACCUACGGAAGGAGCUGGAGAUAAUAGCAUCAAGUCGACCACCAGUUACAAUUAUAACUAUGAGUCGAACAGGUACUAGCAAAUAUGGUAUAAUUAUUGUUGUAGUAGCCGCUGGAUAUGGCUACUUGUGGUGGAAGGGGUGGAAGCUUCCUGACAUGAUGUUUGCAACAAGACGUAGCUUGUCUGAUGCUUCCAAUUCUGUAGCUAAACAGCUUGAGAGUCUGUUUACAUCAAUUUCGACCACUCAGAGGAAAUUGUCUUCCCAACUUGAUAAUGUGGAAUGUAGUUUGGAUGAAAGUAUAGAAAAUACGGCUAGGACACAACAGGAGGUUGUUCAACUACAAGGAAGGACGGAUACCAUUAGCAGAGAUUUUAAAAAAGUUCACCAUGCAGUGCUGACUCUGGAAACAAAAAUUAAUAGAAUUGAAGGGAAGCAGGGUGAAAUUGCCGGUGGAGUAUGGAAGUUAUGUGACUAUGCCCUGAACAUGGAAAAGGGCAUAAACGCUGAACGCAUUCAGGCAUCACCAUCCAGUUUUCCAGGCCAGUUCUUGAACUACCACCAGCCUCCCCCUCAUCUUUGGUGACACCACCGAAGGCCUCGAGGCCAGCGCUUGAGCUACCCUCAGCAUCACCCUCAAGGGGGAAUAGUGGAAUCUUGGAAGUGGUUGAGUCCUCAAAUCGUGGCGAGGCUUCCAAUGAGCUUCGUGCUCCAGAAGGCACAAACAAUGCGUCUUCCAGUUCUGGUUGGUUCGGGUUUGGGUUUCCAACUUUGAAUAGUUCGGCACUCCUGAGGACGCGAAGUGCUACAACCGGAAUGGUUCAACGGAAACGAUGAACUGGUCAACCGUUAUGAGGAUCUUUGUAUAGAUCUGUUAAAGUCAUUUAGAGUAUAUUCAUAUGAUAAAUCAUCAUUUGUACUCUCUCUGAGGUGAAAGCCUUGAGCUUUUAGACUGUUUAGUUUCGAGAGCCAAAACCUCAAAUAUAGCUAACGCCUCGUCCCAUUCAAAUUCAUUGUAACGGGACGGGAUGCUGAGAAUUUUGUAGCGCAUUCGCAGUCACGACGUAAUAUUGGUAUUUCAGAUGGUGACAUUUUUCAGAAUUUGUAUUUGUGUAUAUGAAUGAUGCCCGUUGUCGCAGAAGAGGUUUAAGUUCGUUCUUUCGGCCAAUAAUGGCAUCAAAGGUGGGAAA